AUGCGACUGUCGUUGUCCACAUCUAUUCCUCCUGGUAUUGUUGAAAUUGGACGAAAUGAUGCUUACAACAUGUUUGGAGGAGAGCCUGGCAGUGACUUCGUCGUUGAUAUCAGCUGUGAUGAAUCACCCUGCAUUUUGGACGCUACCUCUUCCUUCUACCAGAUCUCCUCCGUCACUACACAUCUACCAUAUGCUGCACAACCUCAGUUGUUUGAGCUUCCUCCACAAAUGCGUGCUGUCGUAGUGAAGAUGCGCAAUGUAAUCUUAGCUCAUGAUGUUGUGAGUAAAUUUGUACGUUAG